AACGACCCUCCUGUGUGCCUCCCGUUGUUUAGCAAAGUGAUAUCCUUGUUUCUUUUUGCGAAUCAUGGAUCUGGGCUGUACGUAGUCUCCAGCCGAUCUAACCUCGGCCGUCGUACUGGCAUAUAAUUUAAGCUUCCUUCCGUUCCCUGUCCCUUCUCUUAUGAACUUCCCGUGUGUAUUGAUCAUCUCUCGUCAUUCAUCCUAGUCUUCCUUUUCAUCCCAUCCCACCUUUCGAUAUAAUCUCCUAACUUUGACUCAAAAUGGCCCUCCCUAUGGCGCCUCCCCCCAAGGGGCCCCUCGGCCGCUAUCGUUUGCUGUCCCCUACUGCAUCCGUCCGUGUCAGUCCGCUUUGUCUGGGGUCGAUGAACUUUGGCGAUUCGUGGCAAGAUUAUAUGGGAGAGUGCAAUCAAGAGACUACGGAGAGCAUUUUGGACUUUUACUAUGAGAACGGAGGUAACUUCAUUGAUACUGCCAACAACUACCAGAAGGAGGAAUCUGAGAAAUGGAUUGGGGAGUGGAUGAAGAAACGGGGAAUCCGAGAUCAACUUGUCAUCGCAACCAAAUAUACCACCAACUUCAGAGCUGGCCAUGGUGAAACAGAGAUCAUGGCCAAUUUCGGAGGCAACGGCACCAAGAGUAUGCGUGUCUCAGUUGAGGCCAGUUUGAAGAAGCUCCAGACGGAUUAUAUCGAUCUCCUCUACGUUCACUGGUGGGACUUUGCCACCUCCAUCCCCGAGCUGAUGCAGUCCCUGAACCAGCUCGUCACCAGCGGCAAGGUUCUCUACUUGGGUGUUAGCGACACCCCGGCUUGGGUAGUCAGCAAGGCCAACCAAUACGCGCGCGAUCACGCACUUCGGCAGUUCUGCAUUUACCAAGGCCGGUGGUCCGCCGCCUCGCGCGACUUUGAGCGGGACAUCAUUCCCAUGUGCCGGGACGAAGGCAUGGGGCUCGCGCCCUGGGGGGCCCUCGGGGGCGGCAGCUUCAAAUCGGAGGAGCAGCGCCAGCAGCAAGCCAACGAAGGCCGCAAGAUCAAGGCGACCGAGGAGCAGAUCAAAAUCAGCCGGGCUCUGGAGAAGAUUGCGCAGCGUAAGAACACAGCCAUCACCUCCGUCGCCCUGGCGUACGUGAUGCACAAGGCUCCGUACGUGUUCCCGAUUGUUGGCGGCCGGUCGGUCGAGCACCUGAAGGGUAACAUUGAGGCGCUCACGCUGGCGUUGUCGGACAAGGAUAUCGACGAGAUUGAGAGCGCGGUUCCGUUCGAUAUUGGGUUUCCUAGCUCAUUCUUGUAUGGAGAGAAGGUUCCUGCGCACCCCAGUCAGGUUUGGUUGAUGGGUAUGGCGGGCACAUAUGAUUAUGUCCCGGUGCCGAAGCCUAUCGUGCCAGCGGCGGAAAAUGGUCAGUAGAGCCGACAUCGCCGCCAGAGGUCUUUGAAGGUUAGGUGGGAGCAGAAGCUAAAGUAUUAGUACGUUUCAAUGUGAUUCAAGUUGGGCUUUAUUCGAUUGUGACGUGUGUCAAACUGCUUUUGCGGAGGGUGUCAUAAUCAACAUAUGGGUUGCAAAAAAACUGAUAAGCGUAAAGUCUUAAAAACCUGCUUGGCACGUCUUAGUACAAAUUUGCUUGAUAGAAAUGCAUAGGAUUUGGGGGUAUCUCAAAGCUGACAUGAAACGCGUUUCUUUUCUCCUCUCGAUGUGCUUCAAGCCCUUCGCUUGCCGCCCUUGCCGCCAAGUGAUAACUUUUCCAGCCCCUUCUCUGCAUCUGACAAAGGCCUUCCAACAUUUGCCGGAAUCUCGAACACGGCGUGUUCCUCUUCCUCUUGUUGAUCUUCCUCAUCUUCCUCAUCAUCUGUAUCGCUUCCACUAUCAUCCUCCUCAUCCUCGUCCUCGUCCUCGUCGAGUUCUUCUUCCUCCACAGCCUCACCCGCAUCAAUCUUCGCCUGUUGUUCCUGAAUAGCCUUCUCCAGUUCCUUGAGCAUCUUCUUGGUAAAUCCUGAAGCCUCCACAGUGGCGUCCAACCGCUUAGCUCCAUCCUUGCCAACCGUCUUCUUAGCAUCCUUGAAGAAAGGACCGGGUUGUGUGGGCACAAAGUGGAAGCGCUUCUUGAAGAACCUCUUGAUGCAUUCGACAUCGCGGUCAAAGUACAUCUCGGCGUUUACGUGGUCCAUAGACACCAUUUGUGGGAAGUCGAUAAUGACUGGGACAAGGGUUACCGUCUCCGUCUCCUUCUCCUCGCCGUCCUCGAUCGUGUACUUGGUGGUCCGCUCCUCUUUGAUCAAAAUGUUGAACUCGUUGAAAUCACCAUGGAUGAGCCCGUGCUUGGCCAAUCGAAGGAUGAGGUCGAUAAGCUCAGCGUAGAGGCUCGCGGGGUCUGGAACCGAGGAGACCUGUCUAAGUGGUAGGGACUCGACCAGGCUCAUGACGAUAGUGUGUCGGGACUGGGAAAUCGGUUCGGGAACGGGAAAGCCUUCUUCUUGGAGAGCCUGCAUGAAGGCAUAUUCCUUCAUGGCCGCAAGCCGCGAGAGAUACAUCCAUGAGCCGCCUUGCCGGUUGCGCAAGUAGUCGCGGUUGGACUUGACGGUACGGAAGGAAAUGCGGCCUAGGCGAUGGAUCUUGAGAAUCUUCUGCUUGCCGGUCUUGUCGGCUACGAUCAUGAUGUCGGAUUCCUUGCCAACACCCACACGACUGCCAACGCUGUAGACGACAUCUUUCGAGGAGUGGGUGUGUAGGGCCAGAUAGUCAAGACCGCCGUAGGUCAGUCGGUAGCCGUCGUACUUGGCCUCCUUCAUGCGUCCGAUGAGGCCAGACUUGGCAAGGGUCGCUAUGCUCUUGUGAACACCACUGGCACCGCCCUUGAGACGGGCAAUUCUCUCGAUCAGAGGGGUCGGGACGAGCUCGUGGUUCUUGCUGCCCAUCUCAACGGCAGUCAAGACUCUCCAGUCUUCUGCCGUGAGAUGGCGUAAAACUCUGGUGUCCAAAAACAUGAUUGUGUGUUUCUUUUUGGAUGUUUUUU